AUGAACACCUCUAGGGCAAGGAAAUCGCCCAGCGACAAGGCGGCAGCAUGGAAGGCCAAGCUGAGAGAAUCGUGCUUGAUGCGCAUGAACCACCACAGGAGCCAGCUGCUCUGGGAAUUGCGAUCGCCAAAGUCUCAAGAACAGGUGAUCAAGGAGAUUAUGAGCAAGGAGCUGGAGAACAUCCGGAUUGGAGGAGAGGACGGCGAUGGUGACAUGCUGUGGAACUAUUCCUCUGCUGGAUCAAAGUCGCCGUCGGAGCUAUCGCCACAAGAGUACGAGGAUCUUAUGCUCGCAAUGCAAGCGGUUUUGUACCAAGGCACGUAUCCUGAGCAGCAGCAGCACGACGAUCUCGAGGACUACGAGAAGGCGACAGCUCUCGAGGAUUCCUCGUUGGCCAGUCUUUUCGAGCAGAAUCACCAGGAAAAUGGUGUACUUUGCCCGCUUUGUCGGCGAGGAUUCCUGUUGGACAAAGAAAAUAGCAUCAGAUGCAGCAGUAAUGGCUGCCUGGACUUGGAAAGUCAGCGCGACAAGCUCAAGGUGGGAGUCGAAUUUGUACGCAUCCGCUUGGCAGAGCUGAUGGAUCAACACUACAGCUCGGGUUGUAGCAGCCAACCGGUCUUCACCUUCAAAGACGAGUUCCAGAGCCUGUUCAUUCUGUGCAACUCGUGUGACUUCUUCGAGGUUGUCGUAUAGAUACAUAGGCGAAAGGUGUUUUAUACAGGCACGGGUGUUUUUCGUUCGCACGCCGGAGCAGGAGAUUGAUCAUCAAAGGCCUCAAGAAGAGAAUUUCCUUUCUCUGGAAGCUUCGUUUUAUAGCUGGAGAUGAGAUUAGUAUGUGUAUAUAAUAAAGUUAACGCUUGCGUCUCAAGAAGCAA